AUGGAAUUAUCUGAAUUAUAUUCGAGUCGUGAGAGCAGCGCGCUGUCGGCUUUUAAGGAGCCUAAAACCGUCAAUUUUGAAGAACUUCCGCCUUGGGAGUUUCGGCGCACCGUUGAAAACGGCGGAAUCAGAAGAUGUCACAACCUAUGUAUCCUGCUGUGGUUUUUGAAUGGAGACGUAGAGCUCACGUACGAUUUUGGUCCAUGUGGCAGACCGUUGCAGCUCUUUAAAGACGUUCUGAGGCGCGGAGUGUUUGCGCGGUACGAAAACCUGUUUGACAUCUCACCAGAAGGGCUUGACGGUGGUCUCGGUGACACUACGCUAGUACCAGGCGCUCGUGCCUAUAAAGUUUCCGUUUUCCCGCAGAUUUUGCAGUUCGCACAAAUGUCAGGGACUUCCAAAAUUGCCAAGUCGGAACGCCAGGACAUGAAAACGUUGAUUCUCGACUACAUAUUACGGUUUGAAGAUAGUUUUCGUGCGUAUCUUGGUACUACGAGCAAAAAACGGCGGUUAGAUGCGGUAAAUACUCUGAUCGAGAUCGUAGAAGCUUACGUCAACGAUAUGGUGCUCGAGAUUCUGUCCAGAUGGCAUGACUGGCAUAUGACCGUCGGGACCAGCGAACCCCCUCUGGCACUGAGCAAAAAGGUUCUCCAAAGGCUCUGGGACUGUUUUCUGUGCUUUGAUGCCGGAAAUUCGCUUUCCGAAUUCGUUUCGCGCUUGAAAAAACGGUGUCAAAAGACCACCAGACGGCAAAGGACGUUCUGUGGGCCAAAAAUAGGCUACGGCAUGUGGAUCGACGGGGCAAGUGGAAUACUUCUGUUUUGCAACUCUAUCUCUUCGAACUCCGAGGUCAUGCCCAGCGCAGGGUUCGCGAUAAAGCAAGAGAGCGUCGAGGAAAGCGUGAAAAAGAUGUUGCUAUUUAUCAACCUCAGCGUUUUGGAAUGUUUUUCAUGGGAGAUGGCCCGCGGCUGA